AUCGACUCAGAAGUAAGAGGUACUGCCUCUUUACUGUAAGUUUUGGAAGCCAUUAACAAUCUUUUAAGGCUUCCAGCUAAACUACUCUGAAGUUCUUGAGAAUGAAGCGAAAGUUUUUCGUCGCAGGUAAUUGGAAAAUGAAUGGCAGCACGUCAUUCAAUGAGGAUUUAAUUAAUUUUUUCAAUCAGGCCGAAAUUAGAGACCAAAAUGUUGAAAUUGGCGUCGCCGUUCCCUCAGUUUAUUUGUCUAACAUCGUAAAUAAUUUACGAAAGGAUUGGUUUGUUGCGGCACAAAACUGUUUUAAAAAUGAAAAGGGUGCUUAUACUGGAGAAAUAUCUUGUCAUAUGCUUAAAGAUAUAGGAGUUAAUUGGUCCAUUAUAGGUCAUUCUGAGAGACGGAUAAUAUUUAACGAGAGCGAUGAGUUAGUAGGCGAAAAAUGCGAAUACCUCCUUAGUCAAGGUAUGAAAGUCAUACUGUGUGUAGGCGAGUUGCGCUCGGAAAGAGAGUCCGGUGAAACCAAACAAGUAUGUUUAAGGCAGCUUAAAGCCGCAACAGAAAAACUAAAGGAUUGGUCUAAUCUUGUCAUUGCUUAUGAGCCUGUCUGGGCGAUAGGCACUGGAAAAGUCGCCACCCCAGAAGAGGCUCAGGAAGUGCAUAAGGUGAUUCGGGAGUGGCUAAGAACUAGCGUCUCGGCAACCGUAGCAGAAAGCAUGAGUAUCGUGUACGGCGGCUCUGUUAAAGCGGAAAACUGUGUAGAUCUAGGAAAAAUGGAAGACAUUGACGGUUUUCUCGUAGGCGGAGCUUCUAUAAACAAGCGGGAGUUUAUUGAAAUAUGCAACUCGCAAGUUCUCUGAGCGCAGCAAACUCGAUCGCUGUUUAGCCUUAUUAUACAAUGCAAAUAAACUCCUUAUAGUAACGCACAGAGGGUUCUCUUUUGUGCAUUGUUGUUAUGGGCCUUCAAAUUAUUCGAUAGUUU